AUGUCGUUAGGUAAUCCUAUUGCAUUUCACAACUAUUCUCCCAAACAAACGUUAAUUGCUGGUGGUGUGGGAUUUGGCAUAUAUGCCGCUUUGAUGCUUAGGUACUACUCAAAGCGGUCAAGGGUGAGAAAGAUCUUUGAAGAUAGUGACAAGAACUACGAAAAAGUGCAUAUCAUGUCGUUGCCUCAGUACCGUGAGAACAAGGGUGGCAAAGCUUAG